AUGGCAGUUGAAGCACCAUAUGGCAGUUGGGCGAGCACCAUUACGCCUGAUCUCUUUGCCAAGGGGAACUGCAAGGCGAUUUGUGAACUACAAGCUACCGAUGAUGGAGUUUUUUGGGUUGAACAGAGUGCAACUACUGGGAAGAGGGAGCUCUAUUUCCAGUCUUCAAAACCGUCAUCAGCACGGGUCAGAUGGGCUCCGCAGCAGUCUGUGCAAAAUUGCGUUCACGAAUAUGGUGGUGGUUCAUUCCUUCCGCUCAGCGACGGUUCUGUCGUAUAUAGCACCAUAGACGGCGUUUUUCACCAACUAGCUCAGGAAGCACCUCCCGUUCAGUUGGCUGAGGGGAACGAGAGAAAGUUGCGGUAUGCUGACUUCUCCGCCUCUCAGACUCACAUAUUUUGUGUGAAUGAGUGUCAUCUACAGCCAGGCGUUGAUCCAGAGAAUCGAAUAAUUUCAAUUGAUAUGGCAACGAAGGAACAGAAAGUUGUGGUAAGUUGCACA